AUGGCAUUCAACGGCGGCAUGUCUGCUCCAGCACAUCGACCGGCGGUGUUUGGGGGUUCAGCGCAUCCGGCAGACCCCUCAGCGCCCGCAGGCACCUUCGCGCCGGGGACCAAGAUUCAGGUCGGAAACCACAAGGUGGUGAUUCAAAAGUACUUUUCCGAAGGGGGGUUCGCCCAUGUCUACCUGGUCAAGAUGCCCAAGCCGAUCGAUGGGACGGACAUUGCUAUUCUCAAGAGAGUCGCGGUACCGGACAAGGAAAACCUGGCGAAUAUGCGAACGGAGGUUGAGACGAUGAAGAAACUCAAAGGGCACCGGCCGAUUGUCACUUACUACGAUUCGCACGCAUCUCAGUUACAAGGUGGGGGUUACGAGGUGUUUUUGCUCAUGGAGUUCUGCAAUGGAGGUGGUCUUAUUGAUUUUAUGAACACUCGAUUGCAGAAUCGAUUGACGGAACCCGAGAUCUUGAAGAUCUUUUCCGACGUGGCAGAGGGCGUGGCUUGUAUGCACUACCUCAGACCGCCAUUACUACAUCGCGAUUUAAAGGUUGAGAAUGUUCUCAUAUCAUCUACCGGAAGUUCGAAACGUUUCAAGCUCUGCGAUUUUGGAUCAACCGCGCCACCGAGACCUGCCGCCACGACAGCGGGCGAAUGUCGUUUGAUAGAGGAUGAUGUUCAGAAACAUACUACGCUACAGUACAGAAGUCCGGAGAUGGUUGAUGUAUACCGCAAAUUGCCAAUCGACGAGAAGUCGGAUAUCUGGGCCCUAGGUGUUCUUUUGUAUAAGCUGUGCUAUUACACCACGCCAUUUGAAGCCCAAGGGCAACUUGCCAUUCUAAACGCGAGCUUCAAAUUUCCGCAUUAUCCCCCAUUUUCCGACAAGUUAAAGAAACUCAUAGCUUCCAUGUUGAAGGAGAACCCAAAAUCUCGCCCAAACAUUUAUCAAGCAUUACGUGAAGCUUGUCUGAUGCAGGGCAUUGAGGUUCCCAUUCAAGAUAUUUAUGCCGGACGAACACAGUCAGAAUCACGGCGGAACCAACAGUUACCAUCACCAGAAGCACAUGUAGCCUCGCCACCAACCGUGGGAGCAGUAUUCUCUCCCCCAGCACAAGCGCAGCAAGUUAUUCCAGAUGUUGUGCCCAUGAGAAGGGGCAGGCCAACAGCGGGAGGCUCCAGCCAUGUUCCGAAGCCUAGUCCAUCCCCAAUGCGGGGUACCACCAGUGACCCGUUUGCUGCUCUCGAUUCAAAGUCACCUACGAUUCAAGUUGACGACAUCUCAUCCAGAUUCCCAAGCUUGGAUCAAUUUUCUUUGCUCCAUGAUGGAGGCAAAUUCGACUUUGAAGCCAACUCGCCCGCGAAACCAGCACCUUCUCGUGAUAUUAGCCAGCGGGUCACCGAGAAAUUGGCUGAUGAUGCAUUUGCUAUGCCACCGCCGGCCAAAGCAUCAACACCAAAUGCUGCUACCAAUGCAGCUGCCAGUGCUGUAUCUCGUGCGCAGAAGAUUAUUUCCAAAAACCCAGAGUUGCAAUCAGCCGCCUCACCUCAAACUGUAUAUCAACCAACACCAACUCGUCCACAAGCAUCUUCAUCAUAUGUUUCUCAAGGAACAAUGACCAAUCCAACAUCCCCUCCAUCUUCAUUUCCCGCUCACUUUAAUCCUUCCCCUGUUCACAGAUUCAAACCUUCAGACCAUCACAGAUCUACAAGUCUCCCUCGAAAUCAGGAGUCCAAACCAAAACCUCAACAAUACUUGCAUCCUGAGAAUCAGAGUACCCCAACAGCGACACUUCCUCAACGACCUGGUCACACAAGACAUGCGUCUUCAUCACGUCCAUCAUUGGAAGGUGGCAGACCGACCGCUGAUCAGCUGGAUCCAAUAACGAGGACAAAAUCUAGCAACUCGAGACCUCGGCCCGCAAGUACAUAUCUGGAAUCAAACAUGGACUUUUUACGAGAAAAAGAAGCAGGUGGUCGAUCAUCCAUGGAUAUGAGGAGAACAACGUCAAAGACGGGUGAAGUUGCAGUCGAAGAUCAAAGUUCGGAUGAGGAGACAAAUAUUGAAUCGAAUGUGGAUUUCCUCAAGGCUAUGGAGGACACUGAGUCUUCCAAAAAAGACCACCACCAUCGGCGGAGUAGUUCCUCGAACAAGCAUUCAAAACGGUCAAGCUUGCCCUCAUUAUCCGGUACAAAGAAUCUGCUGGCUGGGAAGUUUGGAGAUGCCUUUAAACGAUUCGAAAGUAACACCAAUGCACCACCGGGACCUCGAACGCCCAGCCCACUGCAUGACCUCGAUCGAAGAGAUCUCACGCCAAUCGCUGGAUCUGAAGCGACGGAUGGCCGCAGUGAUGAUGGGUAUGCAGUCGAAGACAUGGAGGGAAUGGCACCAGAACAGCGGCGCGAAGCAGAGCGCCGAAGACUAUCGAUGGAAGAACGACGUGUCGCUAAUGCAGCUGCCGAAUACCGUAGACGUCUAGCUGAAAGAGGUCCAUCAACAGCACCUAAAUCCAUCGGCGGUGUGUCACGCGCCGCCAGUAUCCAGAACAAAGUCAAGAAUCUCCUCGAUGAAAACUCACAAGCCUCACCCAAAAAGACAGCAGAAGGCUACGGGCGGUUCACCGAUCCAGGAAGCCCCCAGAGACUCGACCACUCCGUCACCUCACCCGCAAACCCAUACCCCCGCCCCGCCGUCUCCCGCAAGCCCAUCCUCCCAGGCACGCCCAUUCAUCCCCGCACCAUGCCCACAACAUCCGAUCUCAGCUACCCGAAACCCCGACCCCAACCUCCCUCCUCCGCUCCCCCUACCAUGUCCAAACCAAGCACCCUCUCCCGGCCUAACGCUCCUCCUAAACCCACACACCUUAAUAGCGCAACCACAGGCAGCGGCAUAGUGCGUGCAGCCUCCCCACCCAAGAGGGUGGAAGCUAGACCUGAUAUGAGUGCGCAGGAAAAGGAAGAUUAUCUGCUGGAUUUCAGUAAGAGGUUUCCUAGUUUGAGUGGGAUUGAGAUGGUGGAGACGGAUUUGGGGAGGGGGAGGGAUGUGUAG